AUUUAUUUAUAUAUAAUACUAGUUUUUGUGUGAUUGCUGUUUGGCUCCGAAUUUUAUAUCCAUAAUUUUUUUUUUUUAAUCUCCCCUUGGUUGAUCGGUGAACACAAAAAAAAAAAUCUAAAAUAAUCGCAAAAUACAUUUGAAGAAGCUACACGAUCAACAACAGCAAAGGAUUUCGAUUGUUGAAAAAGUUGACUCUUCUUAAUUUGAUUCGUUGUCUUGGUUUCUGGGUUUUCUUCUUCUUCUUCUGCGGCGCUCUCCAAUUUUACACCUUGCGACCAGCGAGAAAAGAAACAAAUUUCACCCCCAUUGAAGAAGGUUUGUUUCCCCUAAUUGCUUGAUUUUAUUCUGAGAUUAAUCCCAGGCGCCAAUUAUAUGCUUCUGUUCUUCUGAUAAAUCUUUGCCCUUUUACGAUUUUUCUUUGAUUUUACCCUAGUUUUAUGGUAUAAUCUGGGUCAUUUGAGGGUUUAAGCUUUCUUUGUGGAUUUGCAGGACCUUUGGUUAAGCUCCAUGGUGUGGUAUGCGCAAAGUGGACAAUACCUAGAUGGGUGUUUCUCUUCUGAAACAACAACAUCGUAUUACAAAUCAAGCUGAUACUUUUUCUAGAUUCAUGGAAAGAUCACCAGAGAAUAAUCUAAGCAGAAAUGAGCACAUCAUCAUUGACAUUCCAAGAAAUGCCGCCAUUGCAUCAUCAUCAUCUUCUCAUGAUAGAAUCUCAAAUGUUUUGGAACCUUUACAACAUGAGGAAGAGAGACCUUCUACUGUUUCUCCCAUGGCUGCUCCUCAGCCAGCUACAGCUACAGCUUCUUCUUCUUCUUCUAUGCGAUCAAAUCCUAGAAGUGUCCGUCGUAGAAGAAGUCCUUUGAAUUCUGGCUUAUGGAUUUCUAUUGAACUAUUCCUCACUGUUGGUCAGAUCAUUGCAGCUAUUGUCGUUUUGUCUUUGUCAAAACAUGAGCAUCCUCGUGCUCCUUUGUUCACUUGGAUUGUUGGUUAUGCGUGUGGAUGCGUUGCUACACUCCCGCUUUUGUACUGGAGAUAUUAUCAUUCGAAUCAGGCUUCUGAACAGGAUUCUGGUCAGCACCGUCCUAAUCUUAAUGUUGCAGCAGGACCAUUCGCCUUCUCGAUAUCCAGGACAUCCGAAGCAGAUGGUCGACAGACCAAUACCACCUCUUCUCGUGGUAGUAGAUAUCCUGGGUUUAUAAGUGCUGCCAGACUUAAAGUUAUCGUGGAAUACUUCAAAAUGGCUCUGGAUUGCUUCUUUGCGGUGUGGUUUGUGGUAGGUAAUGUAUGGAUAUUUGGAGGGCAUUCAUCUGCUGCCGAGGCUCCUAACUUGUACAGGUUAUGUUUAGUGUUUCUUACCUUUAGCUGUAUUGGCUACGCGAUGCCCUUCAUCCUCUGUACAACAAUAUGUUGCUGCUUGCCUUGCAUAAUCUCAAUUCUCGGAUAUAGAGAAGAUUUAACGCAACCUCGAGGUGCCACACCUGAGUCGAUUAAUGCGUUGCCGACUCAUAAAUUUAAGUUGAAGAAAAGCAGAAGUAAUGGCGAUGACAAUGGUUCAAGUACUAGCGAAGGUGGAGUUGUGGCGGCUGGAACAGAUAACGAACGAGCUAUUUCAGGAGAGGACGCAGUCUGUUGCAUUUGCUUAGCGAAAUAUGCGAAUAACGAGGAGUUAAGAGAGCUUCCAUGCUCACAUUUCUUCCACAAAGAGUGCGUUGACAAAUGGCUGAAGAUCAAUGCCUCUUGCCCUCUAUGCAAGAGCGAAGUUGGGGAGAAGAACUCUGAUUUGACUAGCCAAGGGAUCUUAACCUCGCUCUCUUCUGGGGAAAACGAUAACCAUCAACAACAGCAACAACAACAACGGAGUGAACUUAGAGUUGAGAAUGGUUUGGCCAAUAAUGUUAUCUAGAUCUUCGAGAUUUGCUCUAUGUCCGAGAAAACGGCAAAUUAGCCGUUUGGCGAUGUUCCUACACAAAAUGGGGUUUGCUUCUCAUUGCUAAGAAGGUGAAGAAAGACACGGCGAAGAUCCUGUUCUGUAAAUGCUUUUUGCCGUUGUGAAUUGGAACCUCUUGAGUGUAGAAGAGUUCGAGAAUCGGUGAUUGAGUUUGAGCGUGUUCCAAAUACUUGUUUUUAUUUAUUCUCUGAAUUUGUCACGAGUACCACCUCUAUACGAGAGCCAGGGAUCUUUCGAGACCUUGUGCAGCUAAAGUGCCUCAUUCAUGGUCUCUCUGCGAAAAAUUAGAAUAAACCAAAUAAAAUAUUUAUACCUUUAUACUGGACC